GACGGGGAGGACGUUUCGCUUUCCACUGCAAAUCCACCAUUAACUUCUCCCUAUAUAGACCAGUCUGGUCGCGAUCGUCGAAUCUGGCUGACCAAUAUUAAUCUCCACUGUGCAAAUCAAAAAAUAUCCGCUGACAAAACUUUAACGUUUGCGCGGACGAAGUUAAUAAACAGAGCUUUCUUUAAUACGAUUCGUCGGGCUAAACGUGGCCCCUUUAUCUCUGCGAAGAGAAUAAUCUUAGAUCUGCACAUUAACGAAAUUUGUUACACGAGCAAAACUCAGUUUCACUCCGUCGUAUCUCCGAAAUUGAUUUCACGAUUCGGUAUCGGUAUUCGCCACAAUUUAGAAUAAUAACGAGGAAACAAAAGUGACUGUGACUGUGACUGUCGAGUGCUAAAACAUGCAUUAUGUCGCGUCAGCGGCUUUUUUGUUUCUACAUCUGCAAUUUCGCCGUGUUAUUCUGCGUAUCUGCACAAUUUCACGGAUCUAACGAAAACGGUAUCCAUUUACUGCCCGCUUAUGCUAUCGCCACGAGAGCCAAUCUUCUCGGUUCGGCGACAUGUGGGAUAGAACUACGAUAUUUUCAAAACGCUGUCGAUCAACGAAUACUAUGGGGCUUAAAGACAUUGGAUUCUAGCGGCGGCCCGAAAUCGGGUUUCCUUUAUGGAAAUAAUUUUUGGCUAGGCAGUCGUAGUCAGUGCAUCGAUAUAAUAAACACGACUCCCUUCGAGAUCGCAAAGCGGGUUAUAUUAAAUAACACGCGCUAUCGCGAUCCACGGGAUGAAAUCCCUCCUUUCGAAUUGAAUUACUUCGUUGCUCAUCUCAGACACAACGGUACUCUUCAAUACCACGGUGGUGUAAAAAACGAAGAUCUUAUUACACUCGGCCUCUGCUUACCCGCGUCCUGCUCCGUGAAUAAUGUAAGCUUCAUUUUGGAAACAAUAUUUCGUGACAGAAUUCUCUUAAUCAAUGAUCUUUAUUCCUUGGAUCUCAGCCUGAUCCAGGUAAAAGACUUGAAGGACGAUCAUCAAUGGCUACUGAGUGGUGGGAUGCUUUUCAUAUGUGUUGUUUUAGUGCUUACCUUUACCAUGAUGAUAAGCGGCACAAUAUACGAUAUAUUCAUAUAUCAAAAAUAUUUAAAAGCAAAGAGUAAAAUUGCCGUUAGAAAAAACGCGGCCGAGGAGAUGGAAAUGACAGAUUCGUCGGAUCCACGUGAGAAAAAUAGAUUCGGAAACGUACUAAUGUGUUUCUCUAUUUACACAAAUACGAAAAUAAUAUUUCGCACGGAAUUGGACGCCGACGCGAUACCCGUAAUUCAUGGUUUACGGUUUCUGAGCAUGAUUUGGAUAAUCAUAGCCCACACCAUAUUUUACACGUGGGAAUAUUUCGACAAUAAAGUGUGGGCUUUGAGAUUCGCUGAGGGUAUCCCCAUUCAAGUGAUAAGCAACGCGACCAUAUCGGUCGAUACCUUUUUUUUUUUAAGCGGAUUUUUAUUGGCCUACUUAUAUCUGAAGAAUAAAACGGACAUAGAACAAAAUAAGCCGAUUAAUUGGAGGGAGAUGUUAAAGGAGUUCUUUUACGGCAUGAUGAGAAGAUUUAUCCGAUUGACACCGCCUUACAUGAUGAUGAUAGGAAUAUUGCAAUUGAACACGACUUGGUACGACAAGACCUCGCAAUUCUACAUUGAGGAGAGAUCGCACGAAAUUUGCCCGAAAUAUUGGUGGAGGAAUCUCUUAUACAUAAAUAAUCUGUUUGGUCAUAAUUCGAUGUGCAUGACCUGGAGUUGGUACCUAGCCAGCGAUAUGCAAUUCUUUACAAUCGGUCUGGCGCUCUUAAUUCUGUCGACUGUAUAUUUUUACACGGCUGUUGCUUUGUUAAGUGCACUUCUAAUAGGCUCGAUUACGCUAAGCGGCUAUAUCUCAUACAUUUACGAAUAUGUCCCGACCUUGGACGAACAGUACAGACUUAUAGAUGUCUUAUACUAUCCACCAUGGCUCCGAAUUGGUCCUUAUAUUAUUGGAAUGAUCACAGGUUACAUUAUAACAAGACUAAACAAAAAAAUAGUCUUGACAAGGAACGCUUUAAUUAUAUACUGGAGCCUCGGUAGCGUUUGUAAAAUUUUCGUAUUAUUCGGCCUUUACAAGCGACAGAUAUCCGUUCUGUCUACUGCUAUUUACGUUGCAUUAAGCAGAACAGUUUGGGCUAUAGGUAUAGCAUGGAUUGUAAUAGUGUGCUCUACUAAGCACGGAGGCAUCGUUAAGGAACUAUUAACAUGCAAAAUCUGGAUUCCUCUUAGCAGACUCACGUACUGUGCUUACCUUUUAAAUCCUUUUAUCAUAAGUUCGAUUCGCUUGCAUAAUGAAACAUCCGCUCAUUUAGAGUUUCUGUCCAUAAGCGCCAUGGUCAUGGGACACGUGAUGAUUAGUUACAUCUGUGCAUAUGUAUUGUCCUUAAUGGCAGAAUCACCGUAUACCUUACUAACCCGGUCGUUCAUCCAGUCUCGCAGCAGGAAAAAAUAUAAAAAACAUAAGAUUAUAAUUUCGCACACGUGAUUGCGAUGAAAACACUGCAAUAUUGUAAUUGUUAUUAAAACCGAAUGAAACAAAAUCGAUUUUUGCUUUUAUAUUCUUUUAUGUACCAUUUGUGCGAAACCGUAUUAGAU